AUGCAGGCUGACCAAGAUGCUAUGUGUGUUGACGCACCUAAGCCUAAGCAUCCCCAUGCACGCCCAGUGGGGAAGACUGCAAAGGACUUGAAGACCUCUGACUCGACUAUGGAUGAUAGGCAGGCAGGAGCAAAAAUUGUCGCUGAUAAGCCUCUUGUCACCAAAGGCAGGGGUCGCAUGGGUGGAGCUAAAAAGUUAGCAGCUGAUGCUAGCAUCGAAAAUCCUGCAAGUGAGGAUGAGGAUGGGGAGCUGGUCCAAACCAAAAAGAAGAAGAAACUGGCGGUGAGAGAAGCAAUUCAAGCGGUAUUAAAUGCUGGCAUUGUUAUCGACUCAACAAAGGCAUGUGAUGGAGAAGUUCAGAAGACGUCUGAUGUCCAGCCGCAUCAGUUGAGGGUGAAUCCUUCUACAUCUUCCGUUCAACCACGGACCAGUUACUCUAAGCUCACAAAGGGGAGCACCAUCAGCAGCAAUGUUCCGCCCCCACUCACACCCAUCAGUACCUCAAAUGCUGGAGGCUUUACAGAGUUCAAUAUGUAUGUGUCUGAUGAGGACGAGGAUGACGAGGAGCUCGCAAAACCUCUUUCUCAUAUUACAAGCAACAAGGCUUACACAGGUAUUGUGAUUGUUCCCAAAGCUCUUGACGGUGUAGUACCUUCAGAUGUUACCUGUCGCGGUGCAACCGAACAGCCUGAUCCGAUUGAAGAUGCAGACGACAUCGAUUCCUUGGACCAUGAUUCUGACCUUGAACCUCCUCCCCUCGCCCAAAAACCUAGGUCCCACUCCACCCCCCCAAUGGAUUUUGACUCCCUGGCAAGUCAGAAGUGGAAGCUGUCACCUCCUCUGGACUAUGACAACAUAAUGGAGCUGUCAUCCGAGGCUGAAAGUGUGCAGGGUGCCAAUGAAGAUGUGAAGACCGAACCUGUUGACCCAGUGUUCACGCGCCGGGUGACCUCUACAACUAACAUUGCUGUCACGCUCAAAGCCCCUCCAGCAAAGCGGCUGAAGUCUGAGUCCUCCACUCCCUCCAAGCCAAUUUCAGUCUGGAAUGCAGUCUACAAAGGCAAGAUUCCACACAUGGUUGAAGCUGAUGGGCCUGUCCUUGCCAUUACCCUCCAGCGGUUGUCAGAGUGGUGCAAUACCUUUAGCAAUGUGGCUCUCGCCAUGCUCGCAAACUUCAUGACCUCACAAGAUGAUCUCAAGACUGAUGAGGACCUGCAAAGAUUUUGCAUCGGCCUUACUCGAAAAGUUCAGCUUUUUAUUUGGGGACAUUGCAGAGGAUGGAGAGGUUCUCGUGCAGCACAAAUGGAACGCGCCAUUAGGCUUUUCAUCAAUGGACACAUGCUCCUAGGAGACAUCAACACCUCUGGCAAUGGUCGAGGCAACAAGACCCCGCUCGACGUCAAUCCGUCCACAGGCAACCAGAGCAGCGUCCCCUUGGCAUUUUCAGAAGCCAAUUGGGGUGCGCACACGAGGGCUUACAUGGCGUCUAUCACAUGCUUGUCAGACUCAGGUCCUUAUCCGAAACUCCGAGCUUGCGCAGAGCCUUGCCAUGAAGAGGCAGUGGCGGCGCGCGGAUGGAUGUGGACGAAGAAUCUGGGGAUGAGCGAGCGCUCAUUUUCUAGAGUUGAAAUGCAAUUCUUUUUCCUUGUAACAAGUGUGAAAAAGUGUGAAAAAGUGUAUAUAGUGUGA